UAAAGAACCUUAAGAGUGGCUAGACGUUGAAAACGGAAAUCAUACAAACUGUUACAAGUGAAAGAAAGUUAAUGAGUUAAUGUUAAUGUAAAAGAAAAAAUAAAAAAAAUAUGCAAAGAAUGAAAUACAAAUAACAACAACCAAGUGAUUUAGUGUUUGCUGUAACUAUCAUUAACUAAUUUGUGUAAUUGGAAAAUGGUGAAUAAAAUAUCCUGUUAUAAUAAAAAAAACGUGAAAAUCUUAUGAAUAAGCAAAAGAAAAUAUUUAAAUAAAUUACCCAAAUGCCUUUAAAAACAGUUUUAUUUGAUGCAAUUUCAUUGAGAACCAAAUGUUGAUCAACGAUGGCCACAUUAGGCCUUUCAAAAGUCUUCAUACUGGAUAAAUACUUUACGGAAUUACAAAAAUUUUGGGAGACGGAGAAGAAGUUGCAGGACGCCUCAUCUUCCAAUGAGGCGGUGCAUCUACAGCAACGGCUUAAAAGUCUCAGUACAGAAUUAGUCACGCUGCGAAAUCGUUUGCAUGUGGGCCAAGGCCAGGGUACAAUUACUGCCGCCAAUGGCAAUAAUGUACAGCAAGCCAAUAAUAACAACAACAGCGCCAACAAUAAUAAUAAUACUCUGUCACAGCAAUCGCAGCAACUGCAACAACAACAGCAUCAUCAAUCACAACAAUUGGGACCCUUAGCAACGGCCAUAGAAUUGAGUGCGUCCAGUCCGAAUUUGAAUAGCAUCAGCCAGAACAAUAACAACAAUAAUAGCCAUAGUAAUAGCAGCAACAAUAUUAACAAUAGCCACAACAACAACAACAGCAAUACUACCACACUAUCAUCAUCAGCAGCAACGUCAACUGUGUCGGUUUUAAAUAAUAACAACAGCAACAACAACAACAACGUCAGCAAUAGUAAUAACAAAAAUUUGCAUACAUUCAGUCAUACGUUGCCACAUAAUUCAACAUCUGGUACAUCCGGUAUUGUUUCAUCACGAAAUACAUCCAUUCCACAUCCACUGCCACAUCAGAUAAAUGAAAAAGCAUCUGCAGCACCUUCAUCGGCCAACCAAAAUUUCAUGGAUUCCAUUGUAAUGCCAGUUUUAUCCACACCACCGCUUGCCACAUCCUCAUUGAGUCACAAUUCCAAUACACUGCCAAUGCGAUCAUCCUCUGCUCAUGCCUCACAUUUUCAGCACCAAACACACCAUUUGACUCAAGCUUCGCACCUGCCGCAGCAGCAACAUCAUCACCUGGGCCACCAUCAACAACAGCAGCAACAGUAUCAACCACAGCAAUCGCAAACCCUACACUCACAACAUCACCCUCCCCAGCAACAUCAGCCCCAUCGUGAACCACAUCAGUUGCCAUUUAUACCCAUUCAAAAACAUUUGAAUCCCUGCCAUGGCAUUAAUACCCUGCCAAUAUCCUUCAACAACAGCCAUUCACGAUCUACCAGCACCCUACACAACAACCUCAAUCGUUCCAAUCAAUAUGUCAAUCAAUUGCAUGUGACAUCUGCAUCCAACGGCAAUGGGUUGUUUGGUGGCAACGGCAUGGGUGGUGGUUGUGGCAUGGGCAAUGGUUUACCCGGCAUGGGAAGCCAGGGGAUUUUUUCAACACCGGGCCAACCCAAGCAACCAUUCGAAUUGGAUGAUUUGAUACAUUUGUCGGGACCAUUGACUGAGGAUGCAGUGAUGCGUACAUUGCAGGCUCGUUUUCAUGAGAACUGUUAUUUUACAAAUGUUGGUCCCAUCUUAUUAUCCAUCAAUCCAUAUCUCAACGUGGGCAAUCCCUUAACACUCACCUCCACCCGUUCCUUCCCGUUGGCCCCACAACUACGAAAAAUAGUCCAAGAGGCUGUACGUCAACAGGCCGAAACAGGUUAUCCCCAAGCCAUUAUUCUCUCGGGCACCUCGGGUGCUGGCAAAACCCAUUGUUCCAUGCUAUUGCUGCGGCAAUUGUUUGCCGUUGCUGGUGGUGGACCCGAAACGGAUGCCUUUAAACAUUUGGCAGCCGCCUUUACAGUAUUACGUUCCUUAGGUUCGGCAAAGACCACCACAAACUCCGAGUCCAGCCGCAUUGGCCAGUUCAUAGAAGUGCAGGUGACUGAUGGUGCUUUGUAUCGAACUAAAAUUCAUUGUUAUUUCUUGGAUCAGACAAGAGUCAUAAGGCCAUUGCCCAAGGAGAAGAAUUAUCAUAUAUUCUAUCAAAUGCUGGCCGGUUUGAGUCGUGAGGAAAGAGUUAAACUCAAUUUGGAAGGAUAUUCACCGGUUAAUCUACGUUAUCUUCAGCAUGGUGAUGUGGUGCAGAAUGAGCAGGAAGAUGCAGUGCGUUUUCAGGCCUGGAAAACAUGUUUGGGUAUUUUGGGUAUACCCUUUUUGGAUGUGGUACGAGUUUUAGCGGCGGUGUUGCUGCUGGGAAAUGUACAGUUUAUUGAUGGUCAGAGUCUGGAGGUUGAUGUCAAGGGUGAAACCGAAUUGAAUGCUGUAGCCAGUUUACUGGGUGUUCCACCUGCUGCUCUAUUUCGUGGUCUGACAGUGAGAACCCAUAAUGCCCGCGGCCAACUGAUCAAAUCAGUUUGUGAUGCCAACAUGUCUAACAUGACCCGCGAUUCGCUGGCCAAAGCUCUCUACUGUCGCACUGUGGCCACCAUUGUGAGAAGGGCCAAUAGUUUAAAACGUUUGGGCUCAACUCUGGGAACUCUGAGUUCGGAUUCCAAUGAAUCGGUGCACAAUCAAGGCGAUCUGGCCUCACAACAUGCCUCUACCAUAGGUGGCAAUUCAGGUUCUAAGUCUAUGGCCGCUCUCAACAAUGCAGUAAGGCAUGCUACCGAUGGCUUCAUUGGCAUACUGGAUAUGUUUGGCUUUGAGGAACCCUCUCCCCAUGCCCAGCUGGAACAUUUGUGUAUUAAUCUGUGUGCCGAGACCAUGCAACAUUUCUAUAAUACACACAUUUUCAAAAGCUCUGUGGAAUCUUGCCGCGACGAAGGCAUUGUGUGUGACACCGAAGUCGAUUAUGUGGAUAAUGUGCCUUGCAUUGAUCUGAUAUCUUCGCUGCGCACCGGUUUGCUGAGCAUGCUAGACGCGGAGUGUGCUGCUCGUGGUACCGCCGAAAGCUAUGUCUGCAAAAUCAAGGUGCAACAUCGUAGUUCCCCCAGGCUGGAGAUUAAGCAUACCACCGAGCCCCAUGAUCCUCGCAUGUUUAUGAUACGUCAUUUCGCCGGCAGAGUAGAAUAUGAUGCCACUGAUUUUCUGGAUACAAAUCGAGAUGUGGUGCCUGAUGAUCUAGUGGCAGUAUUUUAUAAGCACACCUGCAAUUUUGGUUUUGCCACACAUCUCUUUGGCUCCGAACUAAAGGCCUUGUAUGCUCUACAAAGUGUGCCCAGGGGUCUUAGCUUUCGCAUAGCACCCACUUCCCAUACUGAUCUGCUGAAUGGUGAUGAGCCAGUUUCGACGCUGACUCAAGAUUUCCAUACACGUUUAGAUAAUCUUCUGCGCACAUUGGUCCAUGCCCGGCCGCAUUUUGUUCGUUGUAUACGCAGUAACUCCAUGGAAGCGGCCGGUUGCUUUGAACGCAUGACUGUGGUCAAACAAAUACGCUCGCUGCAGGUGCUGGAGACUGUGAAUCUCAUGGCUUCGGGAUUCCCCCAUCGCAUGCGCUUUAAACAAUUCAAUGCCCGCUAUCGUAUGUUGGCUCCAUUCCAUUUGAUACGCCGCAAUGAGGAUAAAAUGGAGGAAUGCUGUAAUAUCAUUUUGCAGCAUGCCAUGGAGAAUCCUCCAUUGGUAGAGGGGUCGGUGACUUUGGCUUGGGCUCCGGGAAAACGUCAUGUCUUUUUAAGCGAAGGCAUACGUCAACAUUUGGAACAUUUGCGCACAGAGAUACGCAAUAAGAGUGCCACCAUGAUACAGUCCACAUGGCGUGGAUGGCAAUGGCGUAAGAAAAUGGGCGGUGGAAAACAGAGAUCACGUGGCAAUGGAGGAGGAGGAGUGCUUAUGGUGCCGUCAUCUGGGAAAUUGGGAAAACUACAUGGCCACAAUGGAUUGGGUGUGGGAGCCACUAACGCGACAUUGGGACCAACAAAUGUCACAUCAGCUGCUGCCGCUGCCGCUGCAGCUGCAGCUGUUAAUACGGCCAACUCCAAUGCAUUAACAGCAUCAUUGCCCCGUUUAUCGGCAAAAACCACAAAUCUUGUUGGCGGUGGAGGCAACGGCGGAGGCAAUGUCACGAGACCAAGACCACAACCCAUUGCUGGAACACCACCACCAGACCCAAAUGAGAAAUGUGACACAAAGAUAAUACAGCAAACAUGUAGUCUCUUUGGAUUAGAUUUGGAACGACCCCCACCAGUGCCACCAUCCCGCAAUUACACCAUUACUGGCAGCACCAAAUUAAGUUUCCCCCAAACGCGUGUUAUGAAAAUGAAUUUUCCCGAGGACACCAUCACAAAUCCGCCCAGUGAACAAUUGAAAAAGGGCGACAGUGUUAGUGUGGUGGGUGCCUCAUCGUGUCGUGGCCAUUUGAUUGUUGAGCAUAAAGGACAAAAAUUUCAUGUUCCCUUUCAAUACAUGGAACUGCUGCGAGCAAUGGCCAACAGUAAUUCGGUAGCAACAAACAACCCUUUGCAAAAUGCCCCAAACAACAAUAACAACACCACGAGCUGUAAUGGCAAUAGCAAUACGGCUAAUGCAACGGCUUCUGGGGGUGCAACAAGUGCAGCUGUCAAAAUAUAACAACCAAGUGAUAAUUAACAAUGAUGCAACGCGUGGCCAGGUGGAGAAUAGUAAGAGUAGCCUAAGCUCCUUUAUCAUAAUUAAGUAUGUUGGUCAUGGUGCCAAUGCUGGCCAGUAAUACAAAUUAGGGUUGAGUCAAGCACUAAGGUAUUCAAUUUGGGCAAUGUCAACAAAUAUUAGAGGGACAUUAAAAUUAUUCAAGCUCCUGUAGGGCCCAAAAUUGUAUCCAAUUUUUCUGAAAUUGGCAGACCUACUAUGGUCUGCAACAUUCAAGCCAAGUAUGACAUAAAUCGGUUCAUAACUUGAUAUAGCCUCAAUAGUAGCAAAGCAAUUCGUAUCCACUAACCGUUGCUUGCCUACAAAGUGAUUCGGCGCAAGGAACUUGACAAAUGGGUUUCAUGGUGGAGGGUAUAUAAGAUUCGGGCAAAAAUUUAUAAAAUCAGCUUAUAAAGUAAAUACUUUCUAAAAAUCUGUUUUUCAAAUUAUAAACAAAUUUUGUUGACCUUUAUGUUUUUCGUAAGCAACAAUUUCCAAUAAUUUUGAAAUUGCCCAACUAUAAUGUAUGUGUCUCUAAACCCAACAUAUUCCAUCAAAACAAGCAGCAUGGCAGCAUCAUCCAAUACCAUGGCCCGAAUGAUGAAUAAUAUUCAUGUGCAUAAAUUAAGACUGUAAAUAUUAAACGCUUCUCCACACUAUCCCAUUCUAUUCUUAAACAAGCCAUUUUGAACAUUGUCAACUUCCCUUAUAUGAAUAGAAAUUAAACAACUCUAAUUUACAUUACAUGACUAUGGCCAAUAUUAUGAAAUGCUAUGGUGAAUAUCGCUUCAACUCAAAGGCCAAAGAGCAUAACAAAUAAAAUUGAAGACCUCAUACUGAAAAGCAGUUAGGAAAAGGAGGAAA